AUGCUACCAACGGGUAUGACCUCCACACAGGAAGGCCUUCGUCCCGUGCCAGCGCCGAGUACCAAUCCCGGCGAUCCCGAUGGCCACCACGAGAUCCCAGAACCCAACUUCACAAUAACCCUUCCCUGCCGCGGAUGCUCUCCCAUUGUCGAGAUCACAGCGACCGGCUGGGAGACCAUUCCUUCGUUUCCAAUCAACGUUCCGCCUGCACAGGAGGUAGAGACAAAAGCGAGUAGCCUUCCGGUCUUACCACCAAUCAUAACACUCCCGGCUGGCCCUUCGAAUGUUCUCGUCCGACCAGGCUCGUCGGGCGGUGAUUUCAUCAUCGAUGAUUCCACGACAGUGAAGCCUGGCCAAACUGUUACCGUGGGAGGCACGCCUGUCGCGGUCCACACAUCUAUUGGACAAACCAAAGUCGUUAUCGGCGGCACGCAGACAGUAACCCUAAGGCCGCCCUACAACCGGCCCGUAGCUACCAUCACUAUCGGAGACUCACCCUUCGUCGUCAACCCCGCGCCCUCAGGCGGCAACUUCAUCGUCGGCGACACGACCGUCGCGCCCGGCCGAACAGUCACAAUAUCCAACACGCCUGUCGCCAUCCGAACAGAUGCUUCACGCACGGAGCUUGUCCUCGCCGGCACCCAAAUCGUUCCACUCGCCCCUGCCGAUGCCCUUAUCACAGACGCCCCCGUCCUCCUCCCCAUCACCCUCGCCAACGGGGCAGUCAUAACCCCCUCCCACCCAUAG